AUGAGAAGAGCUUUACUCUCCAAGAACAAGUUAAAAUUCAUUGAUGGAGGGAUCAAAACACCCCAGAGAGAUGAUCCUCUUUUUGAUUCCUGGGAGAGAUGCAAAUUGAUGGUGCUUUCUUGGAUCAUCAAGACUCUCUCACCACAAAUUGGAGAAAGUGUUAUAUAUGUGGAGGAUGCAAAAGAGUUAUGGGAAGAACUUAAAGAACGGUUUUCUAAAGGGGACUACUUCAAGAUUUCUGAUUUGCUUCAAGAAAUACACUCCAUCAAACAGGGAGAGAGAACAUGUGAGAACACAGUUUUUCUAAUGGAACCCCUCCCUAAUAUUAAUCGUGUCUUUUCCCUCAUCAUACAACAAGAAAGGCAAGAAAGACAUGAUUCUGGAUUCAACAACCAAAAUACUGAAAUAAAGGUCCUUGCCAACACUACUGACAAGCAGAAUCAGUGGAGAAAUUAUCAGAAUUGGAAACCUAAUGAACGUGGAAAUGGGUCUCGCAGUCAAGGAAGAGGAAGAAGAAGAAAUUCAAACUAUGGAAAACAAUGUUCCUACUGCCAUAAGAUGAACCACAUAGCGGAUGAAUGUUAUUCCAAGCAUGGAUAUCCCCCUUGGUAUAAAAAAGGGGAUAACAGCAACCAAGAAAAGGGAGGACAAAAUGAAUGGAAUUCUGUCAAUUCUGCCUCUGCAGAAUCACAUCCUAAAUCUGCCCAGAUCAGCACUAAUUCUGCUCCUAAUACUUUUACUUCAGAACAAAUGCAGAAGAUAUUAUAA